CGCAUGACUGGAAGUUACCGUUACUUACCAUCCAUGAUCGAAUGCGACGAUUUCGACCUUGAACCUGGUUUCUACUUGAAUCUUAUGCAUACUUUAUCCAUCGUGGCACUUGCUAUGAACUUAUUUGCUGUAUACUGUGUUGUUUGUAAAUCAACGAAACAAAUGGGAGUAUACAAAUGGUAUCUGCUUAUUUAUCAAGCAGCUUCCACCUUAUUCGACUUCGUGUAUACAAGCCUAACUCUACCAGUGAUCUUUUUCCCUGUACCAAUGGGUUACCCUGGUGCUUGGAUUGCUGAGUGGCUGUCCAUUAGCUCUCAUGCGGCAACUAUCACUGUUAUUCUAACCUGUUCCAUGAUGGCUGCUGCUGUGCUGAGCCUUUUCAACUAUCGAAUUAGCGACAACGGUAAGUCUCGGUACUGCUACGUUAUUGGGCAGUUGUUUCAGUUACUUGUUUGUGAUGGUCUCGAACACUCCCCAAGAUUUUGGAGAGAUUCAAGGAGAGAUAUAUUCUCUCAGAGAUACUCAUGUGCUAAAUCUGCAAUGUCUGUGCCAAAACUUACUGUUUUCUCUCUGGAUAAAUUGGAAUGGAUUGGAACGUUGGUUGGAGGGCUUGCCAUUCUCGGACUCAUAAUUUGCAUAGCCUCUGUUAUACUCUCUUUUCGUUUUAUAAAGAGAAGAGGAAAUCUGUCGUCGAAAACAAGACAGAUGCAGAAGCGUUUCCUCAUUUAUCUUUGCGUACAGGUAGGCUAUUUAGUCCAAUCUUGUAAAUUACAUACUGCAUGUGAAGGAAUUUCAAAAAUCUUCAACCCCUAUGUGACCAUUUGUAUAGUAACUCCAUCCCAGAAGCACCGUUCCAUUCAGAAAUCCACAAAGGAUGUCGAUUGUUUGGUGAUUCUGUGA